AUGGCCUCCCAGGAUCCGCACCGUGAGGGUGACGAGGACGUGUAUGUGGGUGCCGACGAGGCAGAAGAAGUCUUCAAUCGCGAUGACGACCACCCUAUGGAGUCCGACGACGAGGAGGACCAACACAUGACGGGCUAUGAGGAACAGAUCACAUUCCAGAACGACUCUGCCGCCCACUUCGAUUCGCAUAAUGAUUCCGUCUUCUGCAUCGCACAGCACCCCGUCCUCAACAACAUCGUCAUUACCGGUGCUGGCGAUGACACCGCCUAUAUCUUUGACUCGACGCCUCCCGAGAAGCCUCUUCUCCCGCGAAGCUACGAGUCAAACCCCCAGCCUCGCGAGCGCGAGUCGCUCGUCCCUCUGGCCAAGCUCGACGGACAUUCUGACACUGUCAAUGCGGUGGCGUUUACAGAGCCCGCGGGUGAAUAUGUGGUGACAGCCGGCCUGGACGGCAAGCUGCGGGCCUGGAUGGAUUCCACUCCCCAGAAGAAGGGCGGUGCCUGGGAGUUCGUUGCAGAAGCCCAGGAGGUGGAAGAGAUUAAUUGGGUGGCCGUCUGUCCCUACGUUCAGGGCAAUGAGGAAAAGCGCAACGUGGUGGCAUUGGGCGCCAACGACGGUAGCGCCUGGGUUUUUCGCAUCGAUGCUACCGACUCCGCUCAGCCGAUCUCCAUCAUUCAGUCUUUCUUCCAGCACACUGAGUCCUGCACUGCAGGUGCUUGGACGCCGGAUGGCAACAUGUUGGCCACUGUGUCCGAGGAUGGAAGCUUCUACGUUUACGAUGUCUUUGGGGCCGCCGCAGCCGCAGGCAUCUCCGGGUCUCCCGGUACCAAUGCGAUUGUUGGCUUGACAGCCGAGGAUCAGCGUUUCGCUGUAGAAGGUGGGCUGUACUCUGUGGCCAUCUCACCCGGUGGCGGUAUUGCGGCGGUUGGUGGUGCCGAAGGUCACAUCAAGAUUGUCGGUCUUCCCCGACUUUCCGGUGGUGCGCCGGCUGGCAAGGGCAAGGCCACCGGUGCCCAGUCAGCCACUGCUUCUGCCGCGGGUACUAUUCUGGCCGAUCUCCAGGCUCAGUCCGACGGCAUUGAGACCCUAUCCUUCUCGCAACCUCCUCUGACUCUUCUCGCUGCCGGCUCUGUGGAUGGCUCCAUUGCACUGUAUGAUGCUGCCCACCGGUUUGCUGUGCGCCGUCAUAUCAGGGAAGCCCAUGAGGGCAAUGCGGUCGUCAAGGUUGAGUUCCUGCAGAGCCGAGCCCCGACUGCGGCUCCCGCGCGCGGCCCUCUGGCAUCUGCCACCGCUGCUGGUCAGGGACGGUCAUGGUUGCUCACUUCGGUCGGGCUUGAUGGCGUCGUUCGGCGCUGGGAUGCCCGUGGCGGCACUGCCGCUGCCGCACAGGGCCUGCUGAAGGAGUGGAAGGGACAUAUGGGUGCUGCUGAAAACGAGGAAGGUGAGCAGGCCGGUGGCAUCAUGGGAUUUGUCCAAGGAUUCGAUGGGAAACGAAUUGUCACUGCAGGUGAUGACGGCAUUUCGCUGGUGUUUGAAGAGGAGUAG